AUGCGGAUUCCCAUACACCGUGCCACGCAGACACUGGAGCAUGUGGACGUGUCGCACGUACCUCCGCCGCUAGUGCGCCUCAGUCCGUCGGGUGAGCUGGUGCUGGUGGAGAUGCAAGGCACGCUGGAAAUGGAAGGUGGUGAUCCUCGUGGUGGCGAAACGAUCGGCACGCUGACGUUUCCGCCAGGGCGCGAGGACAAGCCUAUUCUACAAAUAUCGCAUCAUCGUCUCGAGGGAACGAUCGUCAAGCUGCGCAAGCCCCUGGCCGUCUUGCAGAAGCGCACGGCUCCGCGCUCACGGCAGCCGGCGUCUCCGCCGACGUCGCCCACGGCCUCACCGACCCUGUCUCGCCAGCGCGCGCGCGAAACUCUCGUCACGCCGCCGCGAUCCUCCGCUGCCGCGCCCGCGUCCAGCAGUCCGAUGCCGGCACGGCCGACGUCGCUCUUGGAUGGAUACGCUGAUUUCUCGUCGCCACACGCGGGCGCUUCCGAUGGCAUGCCGCUUCCUACCACUACAUCGUAUGCGAUUGUGACGCUCAUUCGUCACAAACUGCUAUUUUCUCAGCGACCCGAGCCGAUCGUUGCAUUGGAUCGUGCGCCAGAACCAUGA